UGCUGAUGGCUGAUGAGGUUGAUCUGUUACUCUCAGGGGACUCCUCUGUUUGUCAGGGACGGACUUUCAUUGACAAGCAGCAACGCUCGUCUCUAAAAGGAUUAGGGCUACAUAUAGCUGAGGCAAAGGACUUCCGAGGCACUGACUUCUAGAGGCAUCGUGGACGUGUAGCUUUUCGACAGCCCUUGAAUGCACCACUAUCGGCGUCACGUGGCGCCCCACCUGGACGGAUCGCGAACAAACGGGUACCAAACUUUGGUGAAGCGAAGAGGAGUGGUCAUGUCUCUCUGGGUGCCGUUUGGUGCUCUGAGGACAGGAGAGCUGCGAGAGAUGCUGGAAGAUGAAGACAAAAUAAAUCGGACCAUCAACUGCCGUGAGAAGUUCCAGGUGCUGCAGAGGGCUGCAGAGAAGAUGCAAGUUUCAAAUAAAGAAAUCGCCAAAAUCGGUCUUUCUCAAAAACCUAAAUUUAGAGACACUAAGUUGCUACUCGCAAUGAAGUACAGGCUGCUGGAAAACCUUAAAAGCAUCAUCCAGGUCAAACAAGAACAAAUUGCAGAAAAAUACACUCUCCAUGAUGCUUUGCGCAGUCUCGUGCAGAAGAUUAAACAUGGAGAGCAAGAGAGCGAAACGCUGUUUCAGAGGUUUGCAGAGGGGAACACCUCGCUGGAGGAGUUCCUGAAUUCUUUUCUCAGCUUGCGGAAACUCCAACACAUCAGGAUGACUCUGGUGACGAGACUGCAGGGAAUAAUUGAACUUGGUUCAUUCCACAGACUCAAUGAGAUUCACCCUGAACGUCAGCAUUUUUACGCAGAGGAAAUACACAACACCUGCCUCCCGGCGUGCAGCCUGACCGCAGCUGUCGUCUUACCCGCCUGCUGCCGCCCCACAUUCCUUCUGCCCUUUGCUGGCCUUGCAAACACCGCUCACCGCUUUCACCAUUUACCAUUUUGUCCCGAUUACAACGAGUCCCUUCGUCCAGGAGCGCGCGGACGGGGCUCCAAAUGGCCAGCGAGACCCGUCCAUCUCCAGCCUCUGAAGGUGCAUCAGAGAAGACAUCAACAAGCACCACGAUGAAGUAAAAUGCAGUCUUGGAUAUCUGCUUUGUAUUUCAUAGCAAAGGGGAAAUAGUUCCUGGGUCAGUUCCAUCGUUGAGUAUCAGAUUUAAACUUUGUGGAAAUGUUCAUUAAGUUGCAUGUCUGACAUUAACUCCUAUUUGGAGCGGAGUACGUUAUGAGAAAGUUUAAUGAUAUUAUUUAAUCCAACUGUUUUCCGAUCCAAAAUCCCAAAAAUGUCACGAUCCAAGAACUUUGAACUAUUGAAAAAUAUGAUUGUAUAUAAUAUUUAACCUUAAAGGUUGUGCUAUUCAUUAUUUAUAAUAUUCCCUUAAAAACAACUAGAAAUUCUCCUUUAAAAAAAAAAAAUCUAAAGUUCAAAUCAUUUCAGGACAAAUUCUGUGAUGAAAUACUGUAAGUGGUUCCUUAUUAUUUGUAUAUUGGACAAAUUGGCAUUGGUGGUUUCACACCAAAGUCUUCACCCCGAAGGGAAUGGUUCUAAAACAAUUAGCAGGGAAAAGAAAACUUAACGUAUCCAAGAACAAAUACGUAUUUAUCUGCAGGAGGUAGAUGAUCGAUAGCCACACAGACAGAGAGACACAGAGGGAGAGAUGGUUGAAGGGAGCUGACUACAUUAUCAACUGAAAGUGAGAACACUGGUUCAGCCAGAUGACAACCACACCGACUUUAAAUAAAUAGUUCAGCUGCUCGUAAAGAAAUGUGCAGCAUCAUAUCUGGUAAAAACGAAAAAGAGUGCUUCCUCGAGUCAGAAAUAUGUUGCCUACUGGUUCAGUGAACUUGAACUCCUCGUUGACACUCGAUAUCUCUGAUCAUCUGUGUGCAGGGACUCCUGCUAAGGUCUGAAAAGGAGAGAGAACAACGCUUUUAUUUUCGCACUUUCCCCAUCUUCAUCUUAACAUCUAUUAGUAUAACUUCUUCCGUGUCUUUGUGUGGGACCCAACCCAACCAAGUGGCAGCCUGCCUGCAUGCCUGCCAUGCUGACUCAACUCUCCAGAACCCUCACUGGCAGGACAGGAGAUGAUUAGCAAGGUGGAGCCCGCGGGCUUUUGUUGCAUCACAGACUUCAAUUACAAAUUUGUCAGCAGCCUCUUUUGCCAUGUCUGAAAGGUUUUCCAUUGGCUGUCAGUAUAAGACACGGAUCGCACAGUUAGGGGUCAUUCUAUCUUUGUAUUGAAUAGUCGCAUUUAAAGGGGAUUAUACAGUAGAGUAUCCAUGACAGCAGCCUGUAGUAGAUGGUGCGGAAAUGCAGUGAUACUCAGUGGGUUUGUCCUACAUAGAUUAUUUGUUAAUGUUGACAGUGUAAAAUUGCCCUUUGAUCAUAUAUUCUUGUUUAUUCUUGUAGAUUAAGUCCAGUGGGUAUGGUUCCUAUUUUGAUUAUGAGAUUCACAGAUGUGAACAUAACUGCAAAUUAUACUUCCCAACACCUAUAUAAUACGUAAAUUGAUUGAAGCCACUUUUCAAUUGACAGAAAAUCAACUCUUCCCAGAAAUUCUCCGGUUCCAGCUUCUCCCCUGUGGUGAUUUGUUACCCUUUGCGACCGCACAAAAGACACACUUUUCAUAUUUCAAACAUUUCAAAGAUUAACACAUGUAGUUUGUGGGAAACAAUAAUUCCAUAAUGUAAUAUAACAGUUCCACAUAGUGUUGUAUGAGGUGGCAGUUUGCUGAAAUGUGACCCUCCACAAGCACUGACUUUAUUUUGCCACCAGGUGGCAUCGUUGACCGUAAGGUUGAAGAGGAUUUAUUUAAGAAAAAAAUAAUUCAAUUUCCAACAUUCAUUGCAGGGAAGAACAAUACGUAUUUUCACGCCAUCCUCACCUGUAGGGGUGAAGAGGUUCUUGGUAUCUAAGUUCACAUUCUUUUGGUUACAUGGCUUGCUUUUACACUUUAGGAUAUGGGAUUCACACGUUAAAACAGCUUAAUGGCAAAUCAUCAUCACUGUUCAGUUUGACCUGAACUCUCCUCCUGAUUGCACAUGAUCACCUGAUUGGAUGUAUUCUCAGUAUGUCAUUGAGUUGGUCUUGUCUCAGAGAAGCUGCUCACACUCCUUUAUGUAAGCUGUUAUUUCACUAGUGGUUGAAUCGGGCGGAAAGGCCAACCAGAGCCGGACUUUCACUAUGGAAUGCCGUUUUAUUCAAAAUUAAAUAAAUGAAUAAAUACAUAAAUAAAUGAAAUAUACAUUUGAAAUACAUCGUGAAAUAAAUAAAU